UCCUGUAUAGAAAGAUUAGCGCGACUCUGGUUGACCGUCGCUGUACUUAAAAUAUGCCGACAACAAGGCAAUUAACAUUAAAAAAGACCAGAUAAUUGUGGCGCUGAUUUUGAGUUUUGUCUCGAACCUUAGUAUUGCUUAAUGUUAGAUGUAAGCUAAGCUACAUGUUGAGGUUACCCAUACUGGAACAGUGUCUCAGCAGCUGGCAUUGCUGAUUAACAGAGAAAUUGUUGACUUUUCCCAAGCUGAAACAAACCCUGUAUUUACAAAGAUGUCGUGGUUCAGUCAUGUCAGUCAAGGCUUAAAUCCGCAGCAGCAGCAGCAACAGCAGCAGCCCAUCAACACUCUCAACUCCAAGCUCAGGGAUCCGACAGAGGGCUCACAGACCAUAGCGACACAGCACUGGACCGGCUGCUCCACUCUCAGCCCGGACGACUUUCCAGCAGCUCCACGGUGUGCAACAAGCCCCCCCAGCCUUGGGGAACUGUCCUGCUCUUCUCCGAGUGCAGGUCAGGUGAGAGAUCCGGAGCCCAUCUCAUAUGUAAGCCUCCAGGAGCAGCGGUGUGUUCUGAGCUGGUUCCAGGGCUGGACAGCCUUUCAGAAGGAACGGUUUUUGCAGGACCUUCUGGGGAAAGCUGUGCCUGGGAAAGUAUGCACCCUCCUAGAUUCACUGAGCACUCUUCAGGUUAAAGACAGGCUACCAAACAUCUUUGAAUGCCAGCUCCGCCUCUGGACCCAGUGGUUUGAAUCUUGGGGAGAAGAGGAGAGGAAUCAUUUCCUGCACAUGCUGGAAGAGCGGGACCCAGUUUUUGUUGCCCACUUUUACAGGAGCGUAGCUGGUACAGCAGGAAGAGACUGAGCCAUGUUUGUGGUGUGAUGGAAAGGUGACAUGUAGCGAGAAGUGGGUAUUAGACCUGAGACAGUUUUCAGAGUAAUGUUUGUGUAACUAUGAUGGGAGCUUUUUGUUGAAGGUAAACUAUUUCAUUGGAAGAACAGAAGUGUUUAUUCAGUCUAAACAGUUUUUACUAUGUUUGCUGUGCCAGAUGCUCCAGGGCAGCAUCACACAUUAUACCACUAUUUUUUAUAAAGUUCAGAACUUUUUGUUUAGGUCUUUCAUCGUGGAUGAAGCUCUGCUGAAAUAAACAUCUGGCAGUCGGACAAUUAAACUUACAGGCUUAAUUUUUCAACCUUGUGAUUAAAAUAUCAGGAAUGACAUGGACAAGAGAAAAAUUCCUUUUUUCAGACAGAAGAAUAAACAAAUUGCAUUAUUGUG